UAGAAUUUUGCUUUAAAGAAGGUGGUGUUAUUUCGAUACUUUAAUUUGUGCAGAUUAUUAUUAUUAUUGUUAUUUUUUUGCACAGUGCUUUGGAUGCCGAGUCUGAACGAGUUGUUCAGGAUGCUUUGGACAAGGUUACAAAAGGUAAGCGGGAGGUGUGGGUGAAGCGGAGAGAGUUAACUCUGUAAACUAUAUAUUCAGGCUAGCAACGCAAGGAACCGACUUCAAAUUUUAAAGUUGUUCUCGUCUCAUACAAACAUUUAUCUUGAGUCAAAGGUUUUUAUGAGCGUCGAGAAUCGUCUGUUAUUUCUUUUCCUUUGAUCGCGUCCAUGACUUAGCCCGUUUAGAGCUGAGGACUAGCUGAUGAUGAUAAUAAUAAUAAUAAUAAUAAUUUACCAAUUUAUAUAGCGCGUAUUUACAUGUGCUGAUCAAUAGCGCUUUACAAUCAUAUGUUUAAAAGAAAACGAAAAUAUAUUACCGUGAGAAUAAAAUAAACUAAGGUACAAACUAUAAAAAUACUUCUUAAAAAGAUAGGUUUUAAGUCGAGAUUUAAAACUGUUAAGUGAUGUUGCCUGACGAAGCUCCACAGGUAGCUCAUUCCAGAGUUUCGGAGCUGCUGCUGAGAAUGAUCUCGCUCCCAAUGUUGUAAGCAUCUUUCCCUUGGGAUGGUCCAAUAAGAGCUUACCAGUAGACCUAAGAUUAUAUAAUGAAUUCGAUUUUAUACUAAUAAGAACGCUAAGAUAAGUUGGCGCUAGGCCAUAAAUACAUUUGAAAGUCAAAAGUAAAAUCUUAUAGUCAAUACGCAAAGAAACCGGCAGCCAGCGCAGCUCAUAAAGCGCCGGUGUAAUGUGAGAAAACUUUCCAAUGCCAAGAAUAAGUCUUGCUGCUGCAUUUUGUACACGCUGUAAUUUAGCGAUCUGCACAUUUGGUAAGCCAAACAAUAAACCAUUACAAUAGUCAAGACGGCUGGUUAUAAAAGCAUGAACCAAAGUAAUUAAAGAAUCUCUCGACAGGUAUUUCUUAAUACGUCUCAAGUUAUGUAAAUGAUAAAAUGCCGCAUUACAAGCCUUGUUUAUAUGAUCAGUCAUGCUUAUGUUGCUGUCAAACCACGAUCCAAGGUUUUUAACACAUGGGCUUGGACUGAUAAGAAGAACGCUUUUCCCAACCACGUUUGUAAGCUUGCUUUUGUUUGCGUAAUCGGAGGUAUGAAUUACUUGCUUCAAGUCUGUAGACUCCACUUUAUACGACAUGUUUUUUAACAUGUUUGAGUUUUAUUACUGUGAUAGUAUGUAUAUUUUUGCUUUGUAGGUCGUACUGUCAUUGUAAUCGCUCACAGACUCAGUACCAUUCAGAAUGCUGGUUAGUUUUAGACUGUUGAUAUUGUACUUUAAAACACUGUUUUCUCUUUUUCCAAAAAGAGAAAAAAAAGGAAGAGAUUAUUACAUCACUGAGUUAAUUGCAAUAGAAGGAUAUCAAUUUAUUUUAUACAAUAUGUAUAACAUGUCAGGGUGUUCAUACAACUCGCACGCUACACGGGAAGGUACCCAGAGUCUUUAAGAAAUGGUAAACGUGCAGCGUGCAACCAUGGAGUUAUGGAUGUACGCGGGAGGUUACUAAGCACGAAAGAAGCGUAAGAGUCGCACGAGGCGAUAGCCGAGUGCGACUCUAGCUUCUUGAGUGCUUAGCAAACCUCCCAAGUGCAUCCAUAACUCCAUGGUUGCACAGCUGCAACGUUUACCAUUUCUUUUAUAACAUUAUCAAAAGAGAAAAACAUUAUUUUCCAAUUGCCUUCGGUUGAGUCAUCGGUACGAGUUCAAGGAUGCUGCCACCUGCCCGCGCGUAAACAAAUCAUGUUCUAUGUUUUUCAAAAACUUGCCUUUGAGUUUUUCUUUCGCUGAAUCAACCGUUCUCUGUCUUCAGGUAAAUUGCAAAACGUUUUUCGUUGUUAUUCUGAAUGGCAUCUGUCUACUUGCUCUUAAUAUUAGGGUGAAAACUUUGAGGGAAAACUAUAGCUGCAACUAUAAACACCAACUAAAGAGACUCUAAAAAAGAAGCUAAAACUAAAUAAAUGAAAUAAUUAUCAAGCUUAUUUUAUGUGACAAUUUUUGAAAUAUACGUAAAGUAGAAAUAAGAAAAUUUGAGGGUAAUUCCUUUAGAAUAACAGGUAACACUGAUUUUAAAAAGAAAUUAACUAGCUUUGUAUCGAAAUCUGCCUGGGGAAAUCCAGCUAUGAAAGUCAAAGUUAAAACUGAAAUUUGCCGACACACAGCCGGCGCUGAAGCUGUUGUUUUUCGACCGAUCUCUGAACGACUGUUAUGAAUGAACACUGAGGAACAAAAUAAUACACACAAGUCAUUUUUUGAAAAUUUAUUUGAAAACCCAAAUGUUUCUGUACUCAAAUGAAAUUCGCUUAUUCCAGCGUAAUGUGCCCGUUUUUUUAAUCGAUGCGAUGAAAACUUCACAACAAAGCUGUCUCGAAUUUGAGCGUGUUUCCUGAAAUAUUUGCUUAGAUUUAGCAUCAGCUUGACCAAAAAGUCAAUAAAACAAUGCUAAUUGAUGAAUUUACAUUUCAAACAGACUUUCUCUUCUAUAAAAAACAUACAAAAUGUACCUUCAAUCUUCGCUGGCUCCAUUUUCCUUUGAACAGCCGAUUCUAGCUGCGAGGAAAACAGUGACUAAAUCAUCCAGGGCAAAUUUGUCGCUUGAUCUUUUGUCUUUUUUCCUUCAAAACGACAGCUUAGUGUUUUCUUCAACUUCCACUUUUCAUCUGUGCAUUUUAUCGGUGUAUUUUACGGUCAGGAGAGGAGAUUUGUUGAAUUUGCCUAAAUUUUACCGCGCUAGCUCAGUUUCUUGGCGUGCACCCACGGGCAAAUGGUAGUGGCUAACUGACCAAUCAGAGCGCGCGAUUUACUUUUGUUAUGUUAUAAUACCUAUUGGUCUUUGCUUUUGUCUUCUUUAUCUUCUUAACUUGUCUUCUUUAUCUUCUUUAAAGCGCCUUGAACAUAGGAUAAGAGCGCUAUAGAAAUAAAGUUAUUUAUUGUUAUUAACUACUUCUCUUACCAACCCCUAACUCUCUUGCUAACAAGUUAACCCAUUCGCCCCUGGAGAUUUUGCCGAAAAACGCGUUUUGAAGCUAGUCGAGUUGUGUUCCGGUCACUGUCGUGCUAACAUUUCGCGGCCUUCUGAUCCAGAUCUAAAAUAUUAGCUUGCGAAGUUCGGGCGUGCGCAGAAAGCAAAAUUUCGAGAUGAUUUCGAGUUUCCAGUUUAAAAGUGACACAGCAGUCUUGACUUUUACUUUUCGCUUUCUCUCCUCCCCUCUUUUUAUGCUCUUCUUGCCUCAUUUUUUUUUUCCUUGCUGGGCAUUUAGUAGGCUUCAUUUUGGUGUGAAAGUUUUGAGGAAAGCUUUUAGGAUCUUAAGAUAAGAUGAAAGGAAAGGUAGGUGGGUAGUGGAGCAAGAUUUUCAUGGAAAUUUUCAGGUCAAUGUUACAUGGCUUUUUGCCUUUUUCUAAGCUUUCCCCGACUGAAUUGUGCUCAUUCUGGUAUGGUUUGAAAGAUCUCUUCACUCUGCACAAGUUAGCGGACAAAGUUGUCCUUGACCAUUAAAACUGAUGACUUCACAAGCGGUAUAAAGGGAGUGGAUUCGCACGGGCGGUUACGGGCGGUUCAGGGGGGAAGGGUUAAAUAGUCAUAGUUUUAUAGCUAAAGUUGGACAUAUGGGUCAGCUGACCCUGGGAAUAAAAACAAGGUAAACUCGGUGUGGGUAAUGUUUUGGUAUUACUGAACUUACAUGGUUGCGAUCGGCAAGAAGCUAUAAACCAAUGAAAAACUAACACGAUAGUUUUAAUAGCAAGCCCAAACGGGAACUUCCACGGGACGAAGGAACCAAGGUCAGCUCGUACAUCACAACACGAUCACCCAUGAAAAACUCACAUCUGACGGUGGCAAGCGAAAAAUAUUCCUAAACUAGCGUUAAGUAAAUUCGUGAGCUAAGCAAAAAUUCAAGUAGAAGUACAAUUACAAGCUAAUGACAACAGGAAACUGACACCUAUGUGAACAAAAUGACCCACUUGAAUUAAACUUAAAAGAUUAGAAAGAUCUUUAAAAUAACUUUCGAAUACUUCACAAUACUCUCUUUUUGCAAAGAGAGAUCAUUAAAUCACUGAGUAGAGCUAAUUACUGUAGGAUAUCAAAUUAUUUUUGUACAAUCACCUAUCUUACGUAUUGAAGAUUCUAAAUGACUGACCUAGAAGCUUCUAUCCUAACGUUUUCCUAGAACUUAAGGCAACUUUGCUAAAUCUACUGGAACCCCAGCGAGAUUGAAUAUUUCGAUUGUAAAAUGAUCGUUGCCCAAAGCAUUCUAAAAUAGUGGGAGAUGCAUAUUCAGCGGUUAUGGAUGUUAUUAGCUAUGUCUGCAGUGCCUACAGUGUUAAGGCAGGUGUUCCCCUUUUUUUGAAGCACAUUUACAGUGAAGAUUGCGGUGUCCUUGCACUCCAUACAGUUGUUGACAUCUUUGAUAGUACAGCGGAAUCUCCCGAGACCAAAGGUGUUUGGAGGCAGGUGGAGUCGUGUAUUGGAAGGUUUGAUUUCUUCAUCUUUGCAAGUUGCACGACUACUUAAAAACACGUUGCGUGGGUUCUUUCAAAUCCCGGCGUCGACGCCAAAUGCGGGUUGAGUUUGUUGUUGGUUCUCGCCUUUGCUCCGAGAGGUUUUUCUCCGGGUACUUCGGUUUUCCCCUCUCCUCAAAAACCAACAUUUUCAUAUGAUAUUCCAAUUCGACCAGGAGUCAUGUAGACGAAGAACCACUUUGUGGAUGUGCUACCUCCAAAUCAUUAUUUAUUCAUUUAUUUAUUACUAUUUACUUGAAGCUGAUCUACUUCUCAAAGAGGAACAGUAGUUUAUAUAUAUGAACUUAUUUUGUUACUAACCUGAACAAUAUUUUGUCCUUGCAACAGAUAUGAUUGUGGUUCUGUCUCACGGCAACAUAAGAGAGGUAAAUAUGCGGGUGUUUUCUUGAAGGAGAGCGUUUGUGCAUCUUCCAGAAAGAUGUGGGAAGGGUUGCGCAAGUCCACUAUGCGAUAAAUUAUGGUUUCUUGUGCCAAGAAAAAAAAAAUUUCAUCACAUGUAUACUUUUCUCCAAAGCGACUUUUGUAUUAACUCGGCGAUCAAACUUCUAACAAAUCUAACAAAUACGUUUGAUCAACAGAACUGUGAAAUCUCAGUAUCGUUUGCGUGCUGAUUGCUACCUUACAGAGGCAGCAAUUUAUACCGAUUAUUCAAAUUCGAUGUAUUGUAGCCCGUCUAGAUUUACUGUGGACAUUGUAAUCAGUAAAAUUCAUUCAGCUAUGUAAUUUUCCUUUGUAGAUGGGAACACAUCAAGAACUGAUGGAAAGAAACGGACUGUACGCCGACCUUGUUCGCCGACAAAUGCAGGAUCAGGAUUAA